ACUGUCAUCUGCAGGUACCUGUUUGUUUCUGUUGGAGGAUGUGUCCUGGCAGUCGUCACAAUGGGCUUCUACAGCUUGCUCCUCUUCACUUCCACCUUCAUCUUCAUUCUGCUCGUCCUCUCUGUGGAUCCCAGCUGUGUCCACAUCUGGGCGUUUGGUAUCCAGAUGUUGUGGCAAACCUUCUGGCACCUGCUAAUACAAUACAGGGAACACUACCUGCAUGAACCUGUCAGCAUCAGAUUGUUCUUGGCAGUGUCCUCUUUGAUGCUGCUCACUCAGAGAAUCACCUCAGUGUCCAUGGACCUACAGGAGAAACGAGUUAUGCUGACAAACAACACAUCAUCCAGAAAGCAGACGUGUGUGAUGAUCCUCCCUCUCAUCAGCUACACCCUCAGCUUCACCACGCUGCUCGGUGGUCCUCUGUGUUCCUACAGCCGAUUUGUGUUCCUCAUGGAGGGAAUCGGCCUCAGCUGUCCAUCCAGUCCACUGGCUGUGGUCUUCCUGAAGCUGAUCCAAGUGUUACUGCUGGAGUGGGCUAGGUGGUGUCUAAUCUAUUUUCUGAAACAUAACAUGUAUGAUCCCGUCAACUCCGGCGUCCUCUAUGGCAUCCUGUGGAUUUGGUGUCUGGCACUAGUUUUUAGGAUCCAGUAUUACUCUCACUGGAGGAUCAGUGAAGGCCUCAAUAACGCAGUAGGGUUUGGCUUUUGGGAAUAUUCAUUCGUAGACUCCUCAGAACUGAGCGGACUCUCUGAUGGGGAUUUCUGGACCACUGAGUUGUCGAGCAGAAUGUCAGAGUAUGCCCGUCGAUGGAACUUUACAACAGCUUUAUGGCUGCGCAGACUGGUUUAUAUGAGGUGCAAACACUUCCCGUUGUUCAUGUGUUUUGGCUUUUCACUUUGGUGGCAUGGUUUACAUGUAGGUCACUUUGUGGGGUUUUUCACCUGGGCAGCAACAGUGAAAGCAGACUAUCACAUACACAAGCACUUGUGGCCACAAUUGUCACCAACAUGGAGGAAAAUAUACACGUUCUUAGGCUGGAUUAACACUCAAAUGAUUGUUACUUGCAUUGCUAUAGCAGUAGAAUUCAGAAAUAUGUCUGGUUUGAGACUCUUGUGGGGAACAUAUGUAGGUCUGUUUCCAUUUGCAAAUAUAAUUCUGCUCUUUAUCUUAUUAAAACUUGAGAGACGCUGAAAGUAAUGUGCAUACUGGGAGUCAAAAAUAUGUAUUACUGCAAUAUUAGAAAACUGUAUUCAAAUUAGUAGUUUUAGAGCAAGAUGUAACGGGUAGUCAUACAUUAUUUUAUACCACAGUCACAACA